AUGAGGAUCACCUCGAUUUCCUCGUUCAUUUUGGCCGUGUGGCUCGCGCUCCUCGCGUUCGUUUCGGCAGAGUCGGAUACGGGGGAGAAUUAUGGGUACUCCGUUAUCAGAACUGAGCGAUUUGGAUCGUGCAGCGAGAACUCCAUUCUCGACGCGAGCCAGUUCUCGGCGGCGUAUUAUGAACACAAUUUGUCCAUCAUCUUCGAUAUUAAGGGUCAUUCGUUGACGACGACACAGUAUGUCACUGCUUCGAUCGACGUGUUUGCUUAUGGCGAGACUCGAUGGAAUAUUUCGUUCGAUCCGUGUAGGGUCAACAUCGACGGCCUGUGCCCGUUGAGUACGGAGGAGUUUGAUGCGUUUGGUCUCUUGCCGAUCACGCCCAGCAUGGCGAAACAGAUCCCCACUAUCGCCUUCCAUAUCCCGGACUUCGAUGGACAAGUCACGAUCAAGCUUUACAAUAACGAGACAAACGAGGAGGUUGCGUGUCUCACCUCUACGCUUUCGAAUGGACAGACGUUUAAGCAUGGGUAUAUCUCGUGGAUUACGGGUAUAUUGGCCGUGGUGGCGUGUUUGUCGUCAUUCUACAGUGUUGUUGCAGAGGCGAGUAGACCGUUGGAUGCACAAGCCGCUGCAGCACAUUCCUCACCUUCGGCAUUCACCGUCUUCUCAUUCUUCCAGUUCAUCGCGUUCUCGGGCGCAGUCUCCGUGGUUUAUCCCGUUAUCUUCGAAUCCUGGGCCUCGAACUUUGCGUGGUCCGCUGGAAUCAUCCCAGCUUCUGGAAUUGAAUCCGCAGUCCAACGGUUCCGUAACGGCACGAACGGCAAUUAUGAGGGGGUAUACACGGGUGGUGUCGCCAAACGUGCGAUUUACGGACAGGAAAUCGAGCCAGGCAUGCCCACGCCCGGACACUACAAGGGCAUGCAAGGUCUCGCUACACGUAUUGGAACUACGACUACGGAUCUGUUCAUGAUUGCGUUUAUUUGGUUUUUGGUUGUUGUUGCUGGUGUCAUUGUCUUUGUUGUUGCCUUCAAGGUGAUUAUGGAGGUUCUUGCGAAGAUGAAGAUCGUUAAGGCGAGGAGGUUGUCGGCGUUUAGGCAGAAUUGGUUGUUGUUCCUGGGUGUGACAGUGUUGAGGUUGAUGCUGAUUGCCUUCUUUGCGAUGGUCACAUUGUCGAUUUAUCAGCUCACUCUUCCGGAUGCUUUCGGGCCCAAGAUCAUUGCUGGUCUCGUGUUGGGUAUUUUUAUCAUUACGCUGUUCUUUGCGGCGUUCCAUAUCAUCCAGAUUGCAUUUACAAGACGGAACAAGGAGUUGGGUGGACGCGUGGGACACCCGCUGUACGACGAUGAACGUACGUUGAAAAGGUGGGGAUGGAUGUACGUCCAGUUCAAGCACCAGUACUGGUGGUUCUUCAUGGUAUUCUUCACGAUUGAGUUCUUCCAGGCUCUCGUGUUGGGGCUCGCUCAGGGACAUUCUCUCGCUCAAGCUUUGGUGUUGAUGUUACUCGAGCUCGUCUUGCUCGUGCUCACGGUCUUUUGGAGGCCGUAUGCCGGUCGUCGCGCAAACGCUAUCGCGAUCUUGAUUGCGCUCGUCAGGACGGUUUGUUUGAUCAUCAUCUUCAUCUUUGUCGAUAACUUCAACUUCGCCUCUAUCCCGCGUACCGUCCUCGGUAUCGUCCUCAUCGUCAUCCAAGCCAUCACGAUG